CACGUUAACCGUCCGGAUCGCUUUCACGCGUGUGUGUGUGUGUGUGUGUGUGUGAGUGAGAGUAACAUAGCUAAAUCAGUGCUACUGUUUUGCCCUCUCGCUAGCUGUCCUCAGCCUCCUUCGCACCUUCAUCAUUCAUGAUCGAAAACAUGAUGAUGCAGCCGAGCCGGCUCGUGUAAAAUUGCCAUUAAUGAUUGAUUAAAACGCCUUUGGCUUUUCCCAGGCGAGUUUCGGUGUUAUCAGUUUUACAAUAAUUUACCGAUAUUUGGCAGCAAGCUGUCUAUAUCAAUUUGGCAUAAGAACCCUUGGCUGGAAUGAGACGGUGACAUGCAUCACUGAUCGUAUGUGACUGAAACAACUACAUUAAAAAAAACGCGCUAUUAUUAAAAAUAAACUGGUGAUGUGAUGGAGAUUCACCUGACAUCAGCAUCAGCUGAGCGGUAGAUUCCAAAUGAUCCCAUUGCUGUUUAACGCUGGGAUCUCAAUUCCAACCCAUUUACUGCCCUACGCAACAGAUAUUUCUUCAUAGAAAUUAAUUCAGGUCAAAAUUAGUUCCAAGUCAUAGGGAUUAACUAAGUUUUAUUGACAUACUAGUAAGAAUUCAGAUUUUUGGCCUAGUCGAGCUUCCAUAUCAUGCCUAUAAUUAAAAAUGGGAUAGGACUCAAAUUCAAAGCUGUGUAGGCUUAGGGCUUUGAAUUUGAGUUCUGUCCCAUUUUUAAUUUAAUACAGGCUGUAUUCGUAUGGCAAGUUACAGAACAUAACUGAAACAUAAGGGCAGCAGGUAGUGCAGGGUUUAGAACUGCAACCAGAACGUUCUCGGUUCGAAGCCCACUCUUGCUACUCUGUACCCUUCACCAAGCUCACCGGGAGCUGGUGAUUUUACAUUUAAUGAUAUCACUCAUUAGAGAAUUUAUGCAAAUGACUUGGAAUUUACCAUGCUGCCUCUUUUUCUUACCACACUAUUCCCAAAAUGAAUUGAAUUGGAUUGAAUUAGAUUAAAUUAAAUAAAAUAUUGCCACGUGUGGUGCUGGAUGAUGAUCGACAAGUUGAUGCCAGCUAGCUAUAAUUGUCCAGUCUGCUUGUUUGUCAACAUACGAGAUUUUAUUGCAUGUUUCCCUCUUUGCAAUGCUCACGAAUGCUACCUACCAUUUUUGACAGUAUAAGGUGGAAAUGAAACAUUACGAAAUGAUUCUUCUGUAGAAAAUUUGUGGUUUAAUAUUAUAACGGUAAUGUUAGAAUUUGAGUUUUAAAGAAAAUUCAUUCAAUAUAUCAUCUAAAACAAAAGCUUUUCAGGAUGAAACUCCCAGAUGUUCAAAUUAGUCAUUUCAAUUUACCGAAAGAAAAAAGUACAUAGAAAUAUACAACUUGAGAAUACUAAAUUGUUAUACAAGAUUUAGUUAAGUCUCUGUUGUAGCUAAAUUGUUUUUUGACGUCUGAUUGUGUUAAGUCUUUUUGUGCCUGAAAUCAAAAUUGCAUUCUGAGCCCUAUAUUAUAACCUGUGUUGUGACAGUAAGCCUUAAACGCUGAAAUAACUCCCUCGUUCAGGGUUUUAAUGGCAAUCUAUUAGGAGGCAUUAAAAACAGUAGGAUGUUAUUGGAAGGGUCUUUGGUCAUGGUUGUAUGACCGGGUGUAUUGGAAAUUAGCAUUUUGUAUUGUCUAGGACUAUAAAGGCUGUUCUGCUGCAUUUUUCUUUUGCAGUGUCAAUAAAUGGAGCAGCAGCCGCUGGUGAACAACUACACAAUGACUCAUGCCCAGCACAUCAGUCAAUAAACUAGGGGCACUUAGCUUUAUCAGUUAUGGUAGACCCGAAAUGUAGGAAAGAAAUUAAAAAUCUCUCAUUGUGUAAAUUCAAAUGCAUCAAACUAGAAUGCUGCUUGUCUUCAUGGAUACAAACGUGGUUCAUUUCCACCUUACAUUGUCUGUUUGGUUAUUAAGAAGAGAUUGUAGGUAGUUGUUUUUUAAAAAGAAAACCUUGAAAAUGAUUUUACAGCUCUUAUUAUUAUGUAAAUUCUGCUUACGUUCUUGGCCCUGUUAUACAUUAGUGUCUAUAGGUGUAAAGUUGGGAGCUGUGACUAAAUUGUAUAACCAAUACAGUUCACACUGACCAGUGUUUGUUUUUUCACUUUCACUGGUGAAACUGUCUGUAGUUCAUAUUUCACUAUUAAUUUCUGCUGAUUAAAUUGCGGUAACUUAAAUUUGAAUUGAUCAGCACGUGCAUUGACUUCUUUGAGGGGUGAUCUGAUUGAUCUGGAUUGUUUUACAUAUUGCAUGAAGUUGUGCAUGCUUUUUGGAGCUGUGGUUGUUUUGCUGUGCAGUGAUUGUUGUUUCUGUCAAAACUUGUAUUUGAAUUUGCAGGAUAUGUAUGCUAUGGUAAGACUGUGUUUUGUGGACUUUACCUUUUAUCGGUAUAAUUUUACUGUUCACUUCAGUAUUGUCUAACAGAAAUGUUUCUGUGUGGAUACUGUCGUCGCCCCUUUCAAGCAGACACACACCAGCAAAACAAAGAGCCAGGAGCUGGAUGAGCUUGCAGAUGACCGUAUGGCUCUGGUGUCAGGGAUCAGUCUGGACCCUGAGGCAGCCAUUGGAGUCACCAAAAGACUUCCACCCAAAUGGGUGGAUGGAGUGGACGAGAUCCAGUAUGACAUCACUCGAAUACGGCAGAAGAUGAAGGAGCUGGCCAGCCUUCAUGAUAAGCACAUGAACCGACCAACUCUGGACGACAGCAGCGAAGAAGAGCACGCUAUAGAAAUCACCACACAAGAGAUCACACAGAUGUUCCACCGCUGCCAGCGUGCAGUAACGGGCCUGCAGUCACGUUGCGGCCGGUGCACCGAGCAGGAGGAACGACUUCUCCGUAACGUGGUGUCUUCCCUGGCUCAUAGCCUGCAGGAACUCUCCAUCAGCUUCCGCCACACGCAGUCCAACUACCUAAAACGCAUGAAAAAUCGAGAGGAAAGGUCAAAGCACUUUUUUGACACAUCUGGACCUCUUAUGGAGGAGGAUGAAGAUAUGGCACUAUAUGAUCGGGGCUUCACAGACGACCAGCUUGUCUUGGUGGAGCAGAACACUGUUAUGGUGGAGGAGAGGGAGAGGGAGAUCCGGCAGAUUGUGCAGUCCAUUUCCGACCUGAACGAGAUCUUCCGCGAUCUGGCCACCAUGGUGGUGGAACAGGGAACAGUACUAGAUAGAAUUGACUUUAAUGUAGAACAAGCUUGCAUAAAGACUGAAGAUGGCUUGAAACAGUUACAAAAGGCCGAACAGUAUCAGAAGAAGAACCGCAAGAUGCUGGUCAUUUUAAUUCUGUUUGUUAUUGUUGUUGUCCUUAUAAUUGUUCUGUUUGGGGUGAAACUAAGGUAAUUUAGUUGAACAGUGUUUCUUCUGAUUUGUGUAUGUGUUUUGUGUUCGACUAUGAAGACCCUGUUAUGUGUACUCAGUUCCAGGCUGCCUUUGUUGAAUGUAAAUGAAACAAAAUCAAACCAACAUACCUAUCCAAGUUAAAAGAGAUUACUUUUUCCUGCUGGCAGUUUACGCUUCAUAGGUUGUGGGACUUUGUAUUAUGCAUGAUUCCAAAGUGGGCGGGUGUUUCCAAAGAGUUAUUGUCUCUGCAUUAUGCCAGUAUGCCCUGUCUAUACGGCGAACUACCUGGCCCUUUACUUUAAAUGCAGGUAACGUUGUCAAAAAAUCCUACUUUUCAUAAGCCCUCUGCCUGAAAAGAAUUUUCCCAAAGGAAAGGUGGUAAUGUUAUGCUAUAGCAACACCAUUGUCCUCUGGUUCACAGUCACCUUGCACUCCAGCAUGACUGUAAGUGAAGCAUUAUGAGCUCAGCUUGUUGUCGGGAUUUCUUCUUAACGUUCCAUUGACCAGAGGGAGCCUGUUACUGCAGAAGAAAGACUGAUGACUCAUUCCUGCAGAGGAGAUGGACAGGCAUGCGAUCUCACGGGCUGGCUCAUUCCCAGCGUUCUGGCAUAGCGCAAGCACAGCUGCUCCCAUGCCUCUGCACCGUUUGUGGCACUAUUGCUAAGCCCUUUGUUUAUUUACUAUAUUUCAGUCGGUCUUUUUUUAAAAUCUUGUGUCGACGUGAUGUUGUACACAUGGUUUACACUGGAAUGGAUACCUGUGGAUGGCUAGUUGUCUGCAAAAAGCUUUUGUUGACCUUCACUCAGCCACCCACUGCACACAUUCUUUGGAUAGUAGCUUUGUUCUUUUACCGAAACAUCUUCUGCUGAUCUGCACGAACUGAAAGACUGACAAGUUUGCUUUCAUCUGUCUGUUCCAUAUUAUUUCUGAUCACGUUAUUUAUUUAAAAUAUAAAAUCAUGUUGUAAAGUGUACAAAUAUAUUGAAUAUUAUUUUCUCUGUUGAAAUUUAAGGGGCUGUAUAGCAAUGGAAUAAGUAUGGGAGUAUGGGAUGUGAAAGGUUAAUGAAAAAUGUUUUAAAUUACCGUUUUGAUAAAACCACAGAAAUGGAAACCAUAUACUCAGGGUUUGGAAUUCUGAGGGGCAUAAUCCAGCAUAUCUCAUAAUGUUUAUCUCCAUUUUGGGGGAACGGUUAGUGUGGAAUUAUCCACAAGUCCAGUAUAUUUAAGAAAGAGACGCUGCUGCUGUUUAUAUCAAGCCCUUUCUGCCAUUUCUAGCCCUCCCGGAUUUAAGUUCUGCCCCUUUGUGAAGCACUAUUAAAAAUUCCAAUUCUAAAUUUUUCUGAGCCAUUUCCGUUUUUCUGUCUUGACUCUAAACUAACUGCUACUUGUAGGAGUUUGUUAAACUUAAGGAGAAAGUGAUUCAUUGUUUUCAAUGUUUCACGCAAGUAUUGUUCCUUAAACCAGUGUUCCACAGUUCUGUUCUUGGGGACCUACAAAAUGGAAAGAUAAAAAAAAAUCUGUAACUCUAAGGUGGGACAACUGGAGGUGUAGUGGUUAGAGCUUUGGCCUGUGGACCUACACAUUGUAGAUUUAAUUCCCACCUCAAGCUGUAGUACCUUUGAGCAAAGUAAUUGCCCAGCUGCAUAAAUGGGUAAAUAAUAGUAUGUUGCUUUGGAGAGAAGUGUUGGCUAAAUUAAUAAAUUUAAGAUGGGCCAGCAACACUUGUGACAAUAUCUACAAAAAUCAGGUGAAACUUAUUCUUAAAUAAAAAGAUAUCUAAUGAAAAAUGUCAGUUUUAUACUGUUGUGGUGUAUUCUGUGUUGUAAAUUAUACUGCCAAAAACAGUACAUUCUAAACGGUACAUUUCUGAGGAGUAAAAGCAGUAGAAACACAGUCCCUGAAAUUGGUCUUUUCCCACAUUAUUGUCUAAAUUUGGUUCAACGCAACUGUGAAUCAGUGUUUUCUUCGGUAAUUUUGAUUGAGUGGAAAUUCAGAUUUCAAAAUCUGAAUAUGAAAUUGGACUCAUUAAGAUAUGAACAAAGAUCAGACGUUGUCCCAUAUUUUAAGAUGUGUUUCAGGUGGAAAAUUGAUGAGUUUCUUGAUUUUUUUUUUUUUGUUUUUUUCGGAUCAUGGACAAUACAUCAAUACUUGAUUCAUUUGUGUCACUCUCCAUAGGCAGUGGGCUUGAAAAAAUGAGUUACUACAAAUAUUACUACAAGUGUUUUUCCUUUUCAGUGGAUGAAUUUCACACCUGCAGCUGAUAUCCUGUUUCUGAUUUGGGAUCUAAUGUAUUGUUGGCAAGAGCCCAAAGAAAAUGUGAAAUUCAGAUAGUUAUCAAUCUAAAAUAACUCAUGCUGCACUUUCUCAUGUGAACUGGUGUUACUGAAAAACGUGGCCACAGAUUGACUGACUGGUUGAACUGAUUUCUUUAUCAAACAAGGUUGUCAGGUGUUAAUUGGACUUUACAUUGUAUAGACUUUGCAGUUCAUUACAAAAGAUACUAUUUCACAAAGAAUGGUAUAUCGCACAAUGGAUGACUACCAAAGUUUAUUCAAUAAAUUGUAAUCUGCAUAUUCUAAAGUAACCCACAAUUUUUGUGCACAAUUCCCAGAAAAAAAAUAUUGAUGUAUAAUGUAGAAUGUCUUCAGACCAGUUAAAACAACUUUACCCUAAUUAGUCUGAAGGUUUCUGUAAUAUAAAGCACCGUAAUCAGCGACUUGGAUUAAGAAAGUCAAGUAAUGAGUCAUGGUUAAAACUGGGUAAAACUACGGUUUGCUGUGCCGUGUUUAUCUGUGAAUAAUGCAGUGUACAAAAUCUAGAUGUUGUAACACUCUGUGUGAACAUACUUCUAACACCCUCAUGGUACUGUAUAUCAGCUGAAGUUUUAUAAGGUUAUGGAUUUUUUAAAAAAAUAAAUA